GCGGGGGUAGAUAAGACCGAAUCUCCGCCAUCGUCUGAUCUUGGGCUCAUCAUACCAGAUUCAUCUCGGACUUUUCUGUCAAUUGAUCUUGAGGCUCUUCAACAUGUCGUCUUCCGGGGUCACCGGAUCGGAACAACUCAAUCGUCUUUCUUGCAAGAGAUGCAAGGAACGUAAAGUCCGAUGCAAUCGUGUUAUGCCACAGUGUGGUCGCUGCAAGCCAAAUGAUCUAGAAUGUGUGUAUCCUGUUCGGGUCAAGAGGAGGUCUGCGCGGCCAUUGAUCGACCCAGCCCUCUCGGGGGAUGGUUCCAAUGCUGCUCUGUCGACUAUCCUUGAUCGCUUGCAGCGCCUCGAGGCACAGACUGUUGCUGGGCCGUCAUCUACCAACGGUCAAUCGAUACCAACACCCUCUGGCGAUGGCUCUGAGAUCUCUUCUUCGCCGGUGGCUUUCAGCACUAAUGGUCAUGAGUCCAGUGCCUUGACUCCUCACAAUCCCGGUCGUGAGAUGGAUGCUAUGACUGUGCUGAAGGAUGCAGUCGACCAUGUUCAGGAACUGAGGAAGAGGUCGUUUGGCUCUACAGUCAUUACCAGUUCAAUAGACAUUCCCACAAACUUGGCCAAGACUUGGGUUUCCAACUAUUUUCAGCACAUGCCCGCUUGCAUGUUCCUAAGCUUGUUGGACAGACGAAUCAUCGACUUGAUUCCCGACAUCAUCAAUCUACCACACAUCCACGUUGAUCCGGUCAUCCUUGUUAUAUACUACUGCAUUAUGUAUCAUGGCUGCAGCUUAAAAGCCAGUAACAUUACAUCUACUUCGAGUUUGGGGUACAUGAACUCAAGCUACCUGGGAUGUUUGCGCGCAGUACCCAGCUGGGAACGAGAAGCAUCGGGAACCAUGACGGAUCUAAUCGCUGCUCUCUUUACAAGCCGCAUGGCUGCUGAGUUCUUCGAUUACGACCUUGCUUGGAGGAUGUUCAAACUCGCAUGCGAAUAUUGCCAGACUCUCAACCUUCACAAGCUAGACUCGGACGAAAACAACACGUUUUUCAGCGAAGCCACGUGCGAUAAUGAGAGACGAGGUUUUUGGGAGGUCAUUCAAAUUGAUCUAUUCUAUCGACUCAUGCUCAAUACCCCUCCGGUUAUCACCAACGACAUAUGGAAGGUCAAUCUGCCAUGGCUGGACCCAGAUUCGGGACCGCUGCCACAGGGAAUGCAGACUAUUGCAUUCUUGGCCAGUUCGCGAGUCAGUCUUAUCAUCGCUCGGUUCUUUGCUAUGCUCGAUGACCCAGAGAACACUACCAAGCCUGAGAUUGUGGCUAAGACGGAAGAUCUUUGUCGCGAGAUGCAACAGAUCUUCACUGAAUGGCAGCUGACUGAAUGGCUGGAAGGUGCUCAAGAUAACGAGCAAGAUAUUUGGGUUGUAGUCGAUGUCAUCUUGACAGGCUACACUUCCAUCAUCUACAUGUUUCGCAAGAUGGCUCUUCUGAACUCGACAUCUCCAAGACCCCCAACAACAGAUUUAGAUAUCCCAGACUCUCCCAUAGUGGAAGACGCCGCCCGCUGUGUUAUUGCGGCUCUCAAUCGGUUAUUGGUGAUAUACCCUUACGGAGUAACAAUGACAGCAUUGUUUGGUGCAUACAGAUGCUUCGUCGCGUUUGCCUACCUGGCCAAUACGAUACUGCGAGCUGAGGAUCCUCACUCUUACAUGGCAGAUAUUAAAGCACUUGAACGGUUGAGCGAUCAAUCAACCUUACUGUGUAGAGGAAAUCGGGAUGUUAUGCCUUUGGUGAAGGCAAUGCAGAGUAUCAAUGAGGAGAUUCGUAAGAAAUUGGAGAAAUAGACUCCCAGAUGAUAAUACACCCAUGCUAGGACGAAAUUUUACCAUAGUCAAUAUUCAGGAGCGGACGAAAAGUCUUUAGAUUAAUGAUAAUAAUAAAGCUACCAAUCCCAAU